AACCUGUUGUUUUAAUGCCAAAAAUAAACAAAACCUCAACUUAAAAUAAUAAUUUAAAGGGUUACUUCGUUAAUUCUCCAUCUUCAUAUAAGUCCGUCCCCUCCCCCUCCAAUAAAGGUUGUGAUAUUCUCUAUGGACGAGCCCUUGAGGCAAUGAGUUCCCUCUCAGCCUUAAUGACAGUUGAACCUACCCUAGACGUGCUUGCACUCUUAUCUAAUGACAAUAACAUCUUGCUGAUCUAGCCAAACUUUUUAUGUUUAUCACCGCCGCCCCAGCAUUGCAUCACUGCGACAGGUAGAAAGUAGGGCCCGUUGGACCACCGCGUUGGUUGACUAGUGCUGACCUUAACCUUGCUCCUAUCUCCAAAUACGUGAGUCUGUGAACACUUGUCCCGACUACACCAGUCACACGAGUGUUGUCGCUCCUCUGGUCUAUGUGUUGUUGGCGCUUGUUUACACCGGGUUUCUGGUCUGUCUUAAUGACUCAAGUACCCGCUGCUGAUCUUCGUGUCUUAUUUGUCACAUUCAGUGCUGUGUGGAAACUUUCAUACCUCGAAGAAAAACAAUCGAGUUGCAAUACUAUUACUGUGAUUUAAAAAAAAAAUUGUUUACGCGUUAGGUGGUUUUUAGAUUUGGCCGACAAGUAGGUCUACACUGUGAGUACUGUUAGAAAUAUUCGAGCUAGAUAUUGUUUUAAAGAUAGGGUGUUACUUCGGUACAGUGGAAAGUGCUGGUCCUUCUCUCGGCGCUACAUUAGCACGUGGUUGUUAUUCCCGUAGUGUUACAGUUUGAGUCCAAUGUUUGCAUCAUUCCCUGGUGCUACACUGUCGCACCGCGCCUAGCUAUUGGUCUAAUCAAUUCAUUGUCAAACGUACUGGCCUUCUGAUAGACAACGAUCGUAGUGAUUGGCUGACGGACCAGAUUUAUCAGUGAGAAAAACAUGUUUGCUAGUCUGAGACUUGUGUUCUGUACACGGAGCACGUGAUGAACGCUAGCCUGACCGGUACACUUUCAAGUUCUGGGAUACUGUACAUCCAUGGAGCCAGACUUCAAUCCGACAAUGUUAGAGGAGGGGCACCCUGAGGAUGGAGAGCCUGGUGAAGCAGAGUCUUUUGUGGAUGAGGUCGUGGUCAUUGAGAGGCCCAUCUACACCCAGAAGGAGUUUGACCAGGGUUUUGAAGGAGGACAGAGACCUAAGCACACCCCACUCACCUACAUCAGGUCACAGGUCAGGAAGUGUGAGUGCUCAUUUGCGUGUGUCCGCAGAUCUGUUGCUCACAAGUUGCCAUUCCUGGCCAUCAUGAGAGAUUAUAAUUUCAAGACGGAUCUAAUAGCAGAUGCCAUAGCUGGAUUAACUGUGGGCAUCAUGCACAUCCCUCAAGGUAUGGCCUAUGGUCAGUUGUCCACGCUGCCACCAGUAUUUGGACUCUAUGUGUCCUUCUUCCCAGUGAUACUUUAUUUUUUCUUCGGCUCUUCCAAACAUGUUUCUAUUGGUACAUUUGCUGUAGUGUCUCUGAUGGUUGGUUCAACAGUUGAUAAAGGGAUGAAGGCGCGUAGCUUGGUCCCCGAGGUCUACAACAAAACUAUAGACGCUGGUGGUGGGAACAUGACUUAUGAGCUGUCUGAUAAUUCAGAGGAAAUUCUCAAUGUCAAACUGAUGUUGGCGAUGUCAGUCACCUUUGCUGUGGGUGUACUUCAGAUUCUGCUGGGAGUGUUUCGCCUGGGUUUCCUGACAGUUUAUCUGUCUGACCCUCUGAUCAGUGGCUUUACAACAGGGGCAGCCAUCCAUGUCUUCACCAGCCAGAUCAAACACAUCUUUGGCAUCUCCACUGGGAGGUACAGCGGAGCCUUCAAGCUGGUCUAUACCUACUACGACAUCUUUAAAAACCUGCCCGACACAAAUGCAGUGACUUUCAUUGCUUCUAUUGUGUGCAUGAUUCUGCUGUGGGUGGUCAAGGAAUACAUCAAUGGCAACCCCAAGAUCAAGCCCAAGCUCAAGAUGCCAAUUCCAACUGAACUCAUUGUUGUUGCGCUAGGGACUGUGAUAUCUUACUUUGUUAAGCUUGAGGAAACUUAUAAAGUGAAAACUGUUGGGGAUAUACCUGUAGGAAUUCCAGCUCCCAACCUGAAUGCUUUCACCUGCCUGUCAGAAGUGAUAGCUGACUCUAUAGCCAUCGCCAUUGUGUCAUUUGCCAUCUCAGUUUCCAUGGCCAAGAUCUUUGCUAAAAAACAUGACUACGCUGUAGACUCUAACCAGGAACUCCUGGCCUAUGGGACCUGCAAUGUUGUCUCCUCCUUCUUCUCAUCAUUUGUGUCCACUGUGUCGCUGUCCAGGAGUUUGGUGCAGGAGAAUGUUGGUGGGAGAACUCAGGUGACUGGGCUGGUGUCCAGUGCUUUGCUGUUGGUUGUCCUGCUGGUAAUUGGCCCGUACUUUAAAACUUUGCCCAAUUGUGUUUUAGCCUCCAUUAUUCUGGUGGCACUCAAGGGUAUGUUCAUGCAGUUCCUGGAACUGAAGACUCUCUGGGGAAUCUCUAUGAUAGAUUUUGCCACCUGGCUGAUCACAUUUUGCGCAACAGUUUUUCUUGAUGUUGAUCUGGGUUUGCUUGUUGGUGUGGUGUUUGCCCUCUUGACCGUCAUCAUGAAAUCUCAAAGGCCGUAUGCUUGCCUGCUGGGUCAAGUGCCUGGCACAGACAUCUACAGGGAUCUGUCAGUCUAUAAAACUGCUGAAGAGGUUCCUAACAUCAAAAUCUUCCGCUUUGAUUGCCCCAUCUUCUUUGCCAACUCUGAGUUUUUCAAAAGUACACUUUAUAAGCAUACAGUGGAUCCAUAUGUCUUAAAGAAGAUGCAGAAAAAAAUUAACAAGAAGAAGAAGAAAGAUGAGAAACACUUGCUAAAUAUCACAGUGGACUCUGUAGGAAGUGCUGACAUCCAGACCACUGAGAUAGACAGCACUCCCAAUGGUCCUCUGUCCACUAGUGUUGACCCUAGUAAAAAACUGGACAGCCCCACAGCGCCCAAAGGCUUGCCUGACCCUCACUUCAUCAGCCAAGCCCCAACACUGACCGACAUCCACUACAUCAUCAUCGACUGCGCUACCAUGAGCUACGUCGACUCCAUGGGGGUCAAGGUCUUACAACAGGUGAUUAGUGAGUUCAGGGCUUUCAACAUCACAGUCUAUCUGGCACAGUGUAAAUCCAGUGUGAGGGAGAUGUUUGAGUGCACAAAUUUCUACAAAACUGCCAGCAAAAAUUACAUGUUUUUAACUAUACAUGAUGCAGUGGUCAGUGCCCAGCUCCACCACUGGUCAGUCACUGGGGAAAACCCAGGCCACCUGAGCAAUAACAACAACACAGCACUGACAGACACAGCCCAGACAGAGGAGGAGACAGACAAGACAGAUGAGGAGACAGACAAGACAGAUGAGGAGACAGAGGAGUUGUCUGAGGAGGUGGUUGUUAGCUCCAGGACAGCUGCACUGGACAAUCAUGUCCAGGUGCUGGAGAGGACGCAUGUUUGAGGGAAUCUUUCACGGGGGACAUUUUGUCUGGGGCUGUACCGGGGACAUUUUGUCUAGGGCUGUACAGGGGACAUUUUGUCUGGGGCUGUACAGGGGACAUUUUGUCUGGGGCUGUACAGGGGACAUUUUGUCUGGGGCUGUACAGGGGACAUUUUGUCUGGGGCUGUACAGGGGACAUUUUGUCUGGGGCUGUACAGGGGACAUUUUGUCUGGGGCUGUACAGGGGACAUUUUGUCUGGGGCUGUACAGGGGACAUUUUGUCUGGGGCUGUACAGGGGACAUUUUGUCUGGGGCUGUACAGGGGACAUUUUGUCUGGGGCUGUACAGGGGACAUUUUGUCUGGGGCUGUACAGGGGACAUUUUGUCUGGGGCUGUACAGGGGACAUUUUGUCUGGGGCUGUACAGGGGACAUUUUGUCUGGGGCUGUACAGGGGACAUUUUGUCUGGGGCUGUACAGGGGACAUUUUGUCUGGGGCUGUACAGGGGACAUUUUGUCUGGGGCUGUACAGGGGACAUUUUGUCUGCCGGGGGAAGUACCCCUCCCGUCAUACAGCACAGCUCAUAAGAUUUGAGUUGUUUGAAUCCAAUUGUUUGAGCUGAAAUCAUCCUACUAGCAGUAUGGACUUCUCAGCGUGGAUAAAAAUGUUACUCAUUGAAAAAGGUUAUAUUUUAAAAAGUUUAUUUAUUUAAGACUGAAUUAUUUUAUAAUCUGUAUAUAAAUGUUCAUAAACAUGCAAUAUCAUUCAAGGAAAAUUUUAUUUACAGCUUCAUAUUUUUUUAUAUCAUAAGCAAAUAAUGGUAAAAAAAAAUCUGCCAAAAUAUUUUAUAUCCUUUUUCUAGAUGUGGAUUUUUUAAUGUACAUUUUGUAGAUAUUGUUGGUAUGUAUUUCUGUCAUUGUCAGCAUCAUUCCAUCAUACACCUGUCUUCAAAGGUGUCUUACUUACACCCACUGCAUGAUAUACCUGUCCUCUAUUUGGUAAUUCUGACUUGACCUCAUCACAUGGGUUCUCAUGUGGAUUGACCACAUUGUCUAGGGAUACAGUCAAAUAAUGUGUCUAAUAACAUUUUUUUUUAAACUCAAAAAAGAGCUUUAUAACUAAUUAUUAGCAGAAUUCUCUAACAUGUUUUUGCCAUCUUGUGAUAAAAUAAGCAGUUAUGUUCCUUGAGUUAUUAGGUUAUCUCCCCUGAGCCUUGGUCUGGUGAUGUGGUAUUAAACCAAGUCCCACAGAACUAGCAAGCCAUGUCAUCUUUCAUCUGAGUGGUUAACAAUGGCUGCCAAAUUUAGUUUAGUGGUUACAUUGUAUCUCUUAUGUUGUAAUGACUGUAGCAUUCCUUCAGUUACUGGAACAGUUGUUUCACUUUAUUCCAGACAACUUUCUAUUGCAACUCUACCGGUGUACUUUCACCAGUGAUAGUCCAUGUUACAAAACCUAAUCUAUCUAGUGGUGUUUGCCUUCACUACAUUGCUAGUUUCCCCUCACUGUAUCUUUGUAUUGCUCUACAUUGUUGACUAGUUUGUCUAACAUAACUAUUGUGUUAUGGCAGGUUUUCAAAGUAAUUUAGCCUUUAAUUUAAAUUGCUUGUCAUUUAAAAAAAAAUCUAAUCAGAACUGUUGAUACUCAUGAUGUGUGUGGAGGAAUAAAUUGUUGAUUCUGUGGCCCAAGGAGUUCUGUGGGCCAUUUAUGGACUAGUUGUUGGCCCAUGGAGUUCUGUGGGCCACUUGUUGACUAGUUGUUGGCCCAUGGAGUUCUGUGGGCCAUUUAUGGACUAGUUGUUGGCCCAUGGAGUUCUGUGGGCCACUUGUUGACUAGUUGUUGGCCCAUGGAGUUCUGUGGGCCAUUUAUGGACUAGUUGUUGGCCCAUGGAGUUCUGUGGGCCACUUGUUGACUAGUUGUUGGCCCAUGGAGUUCUGUGGGCCACUUGUUGACUAGUUGUUGGCCCAUGGAGUUCUGUGGGCCACUUGUUGACUAGUUGUUGGCCCAUGGAGUUCUGUGGGCCAUUUAUGGACUAGUUGUUGGCCCAUGGAGUUCUGUGGGCCACUUGUUGACUAGUUGUUGGCCCAUGGAGUUCUGUGGGCCACUUGUUGACUAGUUGUUGGCCCAUGGAGUUCUGUGGGCCACUUGUUGACUAGUUGUUGGCCCAUGGAGUUCUGUGGGCCACUUGUUGACAAUGAAAUGUAUGUUGUAGUCUACAUGUUGACUGGGUGUAUAUACGAGAAGUAGUUAUAUACAGCUGUCCUUUAGUGUCUAGUUAUAAUCAUGUCAAGGCUGGUUCUAUUCUAGUCUUUUCAUUAUGUUUGAUUAUUGAUAGGACCAAAUACCUUAGCUGACCCCUUAACUGACCCCAAUGAUGUACAUCUAAGUACCCUAGUUGACCCCAAUCAUGUACAUCUAAGUACCCUAGCUGACCCCAAUAAUGUACAUCUAAGUACCCUAGCUGACCCCAAUAAUGUACAUCUAAGUACCCUAGCUGACCCCAAUGAUGUACAUCUAAGUACCCUAGCUGACCCCAAUAAUGUACAUCUAAGUACCCUAGUUGACCCAAAUGAUGUACAUCUAAGUACCCUAGCUGACCCCAAUAAUGUACAUCUAAGUACCCUAGCUGACCCCAAUGAUGUACAUCUAAGUACCCUAGCUGACCCCAAUAAUGUACAUCUAAGUACCCUAGCUGACCCCAAUAAUGUACAUCUAAGUACCCUAGCUGACCCCAAUAAUGUACAUCUAAGUACCCUAGCUGACCCAAAUAAUGUACAUCUAAGUACCCUAGCUGACCCCAAUGAUGUACAUCUAAGUACCCUAGCUGACCCCAAUAAUGUACAUCUAAGUACCCUAGUUGACCCAAAUGAUGUACAUCUAAGUACCCUAGCUGACCCCAAUAAUGUACAUCUAAGUACCCUAGUUGACCCAAAUGAUGUACAUCUAAGUACCCUAGCUGACCCCAAUGAUGUAGUGCUAUGAAAACAUUUCCCAAACCUUCAAAAAACCAUUGUUUGAUACACUUGAAGAGUGUAUGUUAUUAAUGUCAAGUAUUUCCUGAUGUUGGCCAAGAUCCAGUGAAUGGCAGUCAAGGCGUGUGUGUGCAUGUAUGUGUGUGUGUGUGUGUGACACUCACCAUUGUCAUUCCCGUGUAGUUCUUAUUGUUACUGGCAACCGUGAUUAGCAUUAAUGUAAAUAGAGGAUAAAAUCAAAUUGGUGCUCUUGAUUGAUGUGUGGUUUUGUGUGUGUAAGUAGUGUUCUGUGUGGUGGCUGAGGUUGUUGGGUGGUGGCUGAGGUUGUUGUGGUGGCUGAGGUUGUUGUGUGGUGGCUGAGGUUGUUGUGUGGUGGCUGAGGUUGUUGUGUGGUGGCUGAGGUUGUUGUGUGGUGGCUGAGGUUGUUGUGUGGUGGCUGUUAUGUGG